CCGGCGGUAGUAUCGAGUUAGUCGCCGGAGACACAUUGGGCUGCAUGAACGUGUGUUAGUUCGCGCCAUUUUACUCACGAAUGCGAUCGAAAGUAUAGACGAAAAAAGUUUUUAAUAUUAUUUUUUUUCUAACGAUCUGAACCCUGUGUUGUGUUAGUGGAGUGUUUUCGAACUUUUUUGGAGAAUAAAAUGUAUGCUGAUACAUUUUAGGCUGUGUAGCCAUAUCGAAAGAGAAUUUAUACGGUAUCCGAGCCGCGGCCCGCCGCGCCAGCUCCCAAAGAGAUGCAAGCGAGACACAACUUACUCUGGCAUCUGCUCCUAGACUUGCCCAUUCUACUGCUGGUCGCAGCAGUAUGCAUACUUCUGGAAGUAGGGGCGCUGCCAAGCCGCCGCCAUGGCUUCACCUGCAACGACCCCGCCCUCUCUUUCCCUCACGUGGGAGACACAUUUUCCAUCUCGCUCGUCGCAGCUAUCACGGUCAUCGUGCCUUUUCUCAUUAUAUGGGCCGUAGAAGCCAUGUUACGACAGAACGAUGAGUACAAUAUGAAGAAAAGCAAGUUGUAUCUGACCGCUAAGAUAGCAGCAGUCAUCUACAGGGACUACAUAUACGGCGCGGUGGUGAAUCUCACCAUCCUGGAGGUUGUGAAAUGCGUGGUGGGGUCGCCACGGCCGACCUUCUUCGAUUUAUGCGAGCCGGAUAAAGCUUUGACUUGCAACGACUCAGAAUUCGUGAGCAGCUACACUUGCAAGUCAACCAAGUACUCGAGGUACUUACAGAUCGACUCCAGCAGGAGUUUCCCGUCAGCUCAUGCGUCUCUCUCCGUCUACUGCGGGCUGUUUCUCGCUUGGUACCUCCAACGGCGAGCGUUCAGUUGGCACAACCGCUCAGUUCUGCUCAUCCCUCUGGUGCAGACGCUGUGCCUGAUCUACGCUGCCGUGUGCUCGCUGAGCAGGCUCACGGACCACCGGCACCACUGGUGGGACGUCCUCGUCGGCGGCAUUAUGGGGUUACUUAGCGUUUUUUACACGGUACUAGUCCUUUGCAAGAACUUCUCACAGCCGGCCGUGGUCAGCACCAGUGACAUUUCAAGCAGUGACGGUAACAACCAUCAGUCAGUCCGGCGGCUGCUGUCCAGCGAGCCGCAUGUCGUCGUCCCCUAGCCUCAGGCCGUGUAAGCUACGGCUUACGUGAACUAUUGUGAACUAGUGCAAGUGAUUUUGACGUUUCGUUUCGUGGCUUGUUUGGUUAUGACAGGCUGACUUGUCAGUGUUGUUUGACGACUGACUUAUGUGAGGGAAUGAAGGAUAGAUAAUGAGGGUCCCAAGUAAAUUUACAUAAGUGACAAUUUAUAUUGCAAGAAAUUGAUUUUUACUUUGUAAAAUAUAUCAUCUAAUUGAUUAUUAUUAAUUUAAUACCAAAAAGUUAUUUGCAAAUCAAACUUAUGUUAAUUUACAUGGGACACACCUAAACGUUGACUUAUUCUUAAUGACCUUGUUAUAUCUCGGGACUUAGUGAUCAAUAUUCAUAACGUAAACUAUCAAAUUAACUGAA